AUGCUAGCCGACUCGUUCGAUUCGGGUGAUGAUCAGCUACACCAUGACGACAGUGGCUUUAAUGAAUACCUAGCGAAAACCGCCGACCUCGAGCUAGCCGCCACCAUCGGCCAGCGGCUCUUCGAGCAGAACAAGGAGCUCAGGACACGCAAUGAAUUCCUGGAGGCCGAGUCGCGCGAGGUGGAGGAGACGAUCACCCAGCUGCGCCAUGAACUGCGCCUCAAGGUCGACCUCAUGCACCGAUACUCGAUGCUCGACGAGUAUGGAGAACGAGCGAGCACUCGCGAAAAUGAGCACAGCCUUCGCACCCGCGCCGAAAAGCUCGCUGAUGAGAAUCGACGGUUGAAGACCCAGAACGCGACGCUCCAGCAGACGGCCCAGGAGGCCGACCAGCACGGCCAGAAGGUGAUCCGCGACCUGAACAAGCAGCUCGACUCGGCCAACGACAAGAUCCACAAGCUGCAACGGCAGAUCCAGGAGAAGCAGGACGAGUGCCAGGGGCAGGCGCUGAACGUCUCCAGGUUGAUGCAGGAGAUCCAGGCGAAGAGCCGGGAGACGAAGGAGCUCACCGAAGUGAAUCUUGAACUCGCCGAACAGCUCGACGACGCCAUCCGGCAGCACGAGGCGCUGGAGAGCCAAGUCGGCGAGCUGCAGGAGAAGUACACCGAGGUGAAGCUGAUGUACAGCGAGGCCGAGGAGGAGAUCAAGUCGCUGAAGGUGAAGAGCUCGGUGCACCGCACCUCCUCCCAGGACUCAAUGUACGACUCGCUGGCCAGCGAGCUCGAGAACUCGGACUCGGGCUUUGCCAGCACUCCCUUCGUGACGGCGCGCUCGGAUGCCAAGUCGCUGCGACAGGAGCUGGAACGCCUGCAGAAUCAGCCGAUUCGGGAAGUUGAAGACGUUGUCGAGGUGCCGAACCCGGUGUUGGUCGACGUGCUGAGGAGGGGAGUGCAGAAUCGGCCCCCGACUACCCCACCACAGACGCCAAUGUCACAGAUUGGCCCGCCCCUUGCCCACUCGACCCCGGCGCCGUGGCGGUCGCGUCGCGGCUCCGACGACGUCCCCAAGAAGAGCACCGCCUGCAUCGAGACGCAAACCGAUCCGCCGCCCUGUCCGGAAGCCGAUGUGCAGCUACAGGCUGUGCUCCAGAAUCAGCACGCCCAGCAAGCCUCCACCUCAUUCGGGCAUCCCACCGUGGCCGCCGCGCAACCGCUCGCGCUCACCAUCGUCAAGACGACGGUCGUGCACUCGAUCGGAGCGGCACACAGCCGCGACGCGACCGCAACGCCCUCAAUCGAUGUGACGACGCGGCCGAAGACGUUGAACAUCGUCCCCCGGGACGAGUCGGCACCGCCGAUCGUCGCCUUCCCGGGAACCAGCCGGGAAGCGGAGAAGAUUGGCAACGUCUCCAAGUCGUCGUCCACCGACUCGCUGGCCGACUACGUCGGGCCGAAGAUGGGUGAGCCGGGCAUGCCCGGCACCCGGGACCUCGACGCCGCCAUUCGACGCCUCAAAGUUCGGCGGCAGGUGGAGGCCGAUUUUGCCAAGUUCCGCGAGCGGCGCGGCCUGCCCCAGCAGCCAUUCUACGCCCAGAAUCGGCCGGCCGCCAGCAGCGUUGUUGCCACGAGUGGGGAGCAAAAACGUCUCGGCGCCGGCAUCUCGCCCAGUCAGCACAACGUGCAGUCGAAGGGCACCGUACAAAAGGCACCAAUUGACGGCUACGGAGCGGGAUGGCAGAACUAUGCAGUGGUCCUCGGCCAAGAACACCAACGAGCCGUCGUGCCGUGGCGAGCGCUUGACAACGUCGGCCUCACAGUGCUGCGUGACCGGCGAGACGGCGGUGUCAUCUCCAGAGCCGAGCUCCCUCCGACGCCCCACUCCUCCCCGGUCCACUCCCAGUUGAGCAUCACCCGCUCGGCGGGCCUGGGAACGCUGCUCCCCUCGAUGUCGUCGGUGUUCUCCUCGUCGAUGUCCUCCUUUGAUCUGAGCACCGCCCAAUCCGGCAUCCUGUCUAGGAGAUUC